CGCUUUCGUUUUCGUUUCCUCGGCCGGGCCACAGCGGGGUGGGGCGGCCGGGGAGGAGCCGCUCGGGGUCGGCCAGGCCGAGCGGCUCGGGGCCGGGACCGGGGCCGGGACCGGGACCGGGACCGGGACCGCCGGCGGUGCCCCAGCCGUCCCCAGCCAUGGCGUUGUCCGCUCAGGCGCUGCGGGUGCUGUGCGCCAGCGGCGGCAGCCUGGAGCUGAGCGAGCUCCGGCAGCAGCUGCCGGGCCGGCCCAGGGCCGAGCAGCUGGAGCCGGUGCUGCGGGACACGGAGCGCUUCACGCUGCUGCGGCGGCCCGCGGAGGAGGCGGCGGAGACGGAGGAGGUGGUGGUGGUGGUGGCCACCAGCGCCCUGCGGCUGUGCCCGGAGCACGGCGCGGGCUGCCAGGGGCGCUGCGGGCGGCUGCACCUCUGCAAGUACCACCUGAAGGGCCUCUGCCGCAACCAGCAGGCCAGGAAGGAAUGCAAGUUUGUUCACGACUUCUACUCAGACCACAAUCGUCGUGUUUUAAAACAAUAUGGACUUGAGAAUUUUAGCAGUAAUGAACUUCAUCAACUUCUGCUUCAAAACGAUCCCUCCCUCCUACCAGAGGUCUGCUUGCAUUACAACAAAGGUGACGGACCUUAUGGAUCUUGUACUUUUAAAGAGACCUGCGCCAAGCUGCAUGCUUGCCAGUACUUUUUGCGGGGACAGUGCAGAUUUGGCAGCAGCUGCAAGAGAUCCCAUGACUUGUUAAAGUCAGAAUGUUACAAGAAACUGAAGAGACAGGGAAUAAGCCCAGACAUUAUUCAGAAACUACCUUCCAUUUAUAGGAAUAUGUAUGCCAUACAAAAUAGCAAUGGAAGUGUGUAUGACAUAGAAGAUAACAAGUCUUCACCAAGCAAAGAGAGAAAACACAGCUCUAGCCAGGAGUCUUCAUCUACAAAUAAUGAUGAAUCAGAACAGAUCUGUUUGUAUCAUCUGUACAAAAGCUGUGGUUUUAAAGACAAGUGUAUCAGAACUCAUUUUCACUUGCCAUAUAGAUGGCAGGUCUUUGAUGGUAAUACCUGGAAGGACUUCAAGAAUAUGGAAGAAAUAGAAAAAGCAUACUGUGACCCCAAUAACAUCAGAUGUAGUAACGUGGUUACUGAAAGUGGCUCUGUCUUGUCCUGCAUCUCAUUUCUGAAUAUGUACUGUGGGUGCGGAAAGGUUAGACGUCUUUCUACAGCCGCCUCUGUGACCAAACCCCCUCACUUCAUUCUUACAACAGAAUGGAUCUGGUACUGGAAAGAUGAAUAUGGUCUGUGGAAGGAGUAUGGAAAGAAAGAUGAUGAUCAUGCAGCUGCCACUGUCUCCAGUGAUGACCUGGAGAAAGCUUAUAUAGCCAAAAGUUCUCCAAAGCUGUACUUCAAAGCUGGAAAACAUGAAUAUGAACUCAAUUUUGGAGCCAUGAUUCAGAAAAACCUUCGCUAUACAACAGAGAGAGAAGUUUGCAGAAGGCCUAAAUUUGUGUGUCAGACAGAGGUAGAAAAGGCAAGAGCAAGGGGCUUUAAGCGUACAGAAGAAUUUAAGGGUAUUCCAGCUCACUGGGACAAAUCCGCCCUGCCUGAUCUGGGAUUCAAGCUGAUUGAUCUUGACAGUUCUUCUGAUGAAUACAAGAAAGUCAAGGCAGACUUUCAACGCACAAUGCCAAAAACAGUUAUUAAAAGGAUUCGUAGAGUUCAGAACCCAUCUCUCUGGGAACUGUAUCAAUGGCAGAAGGAACAAAUGCAGAAGAGCAAUGGUGGAAAGACAGAUGAGCGUUUUUUAUUUCAUGGGACCAGCAAAAAACACAUUGAUGCCAUCUGUCAACAAAACUUUGACUGGAGGAUCUGUGGCCUUCAUGGGACAGUCUAUGGCAGAGGAAGCUAUUUUGCAAGGGAUGCAUCUUAUUCUGACAACUACUGCAGGGAAGACUCAUCCCCCAAGACCAUGUUUCUGGCACGGGUGCUGGUGGGAGAGUUCACUCUUGGUAAUUCUUCUUAUGUUCGUCCUCCCUUGAAGGACGACCAGAACUUCUAUGACAGUUGUGUGAAUAACUUUUCAAACCCUUCUAUCUUUGUCAUCUUUGAGAAGCAGCAGAUUUAUCCAGAGUAUCUCAUAGAAUAUGUUGACCAGAUAAGUGCAAGAUUGUGGUAGCAGCAAAACAAAUCACUGUUAUGUUUAGCUCUUACGAACACUUUUCUAGUGUUGGCAUAACCGAGAAAAGCGAUUUUUGUAAGUUAUGUACUUGGGCAGGUGAGCAGUUAGAUGUUUAUUCUCUCUAUCCUUCCUGUGCAAUAGAAAACAAAGGGUAAAAAGACGCAAAGGAUGUUUUAGAAUUAAAAUCCUCAGUCCGUCUCCUGUUUUUAGCAGGUGUCAGCUUUUCCUGUACGCCUAGCAUUCUGAGGCUUCUAUGCAUUUACUAGAUGGAGCCACUGAUGGUUGUAACAUGAAGAUUGGCUAUGACUGCCAAGUUUAAAUAACAUUUUGUUACAAUUGUUUCAGGAUAGAUCUUUACCAAUGUUCAUAGUUCAGAGGUUGUCGCCUUCUACCUUUUUAACUCAAAAUUUGAUAAAACCUGCUUUUUUAACCGUCUCCUGCAACAGUAGACAUUAAAGUGUUUGCAAAUGAGACUGUACAGCCUGUUUCUUGUAGUUAACUCUUUGCAUAAAUUCUUAGCAGCACUGUUUUUUUGUCUCUGCAUAACCAAGAAAGCCUUGAAAAUUAAAAUUUCCUUUGUUGAACAGGAACAGAGACUUAUUUUCACUUGUUAAUUUCCUCAUUUAAAACAAGUAGCAAAGAUAUGAACCAGAACAAGGGUUGCUUUGAGCUGUGAUACUUAAGCAGCUCACUUUUAUCAAGUAACUAACCUCUUUGUUUAGGUUUGUAAGAGCACAAAGUUUUCAUGCCUUUUGCUGUGCCUACAAAUGAGAGAGUGCUGGCAGGUGUGGGGUGAAGAAAAGAGAAGGCAACUUCUCAUUUAAGACUAUCAUGCUUAGGAGUGAAAUGCAGUGCUUGUACUGCUUGAUUAGCAAUAAACUGUUUCUUUGAA